GCAGAUAGAUGCUGAAAACUAGAUCCAAGCCCCCAAACAGCGCGCCGUCUUGCUGCUGUUGUUGGUGAACCGAAGAAGGCCUGUUUGAACCGAAGAAGGGAAAUUCAGCCGAAAAGCUUUUCUUUUGAAGGAGGAUCACCGUAACUUUUCAGACAUCGUUUUCGACUGAAAUUAUUUGGGACCAAGCCAAGUAGAAAUUCAUGGGCGUGUCAGCCAGGGGGUUCCUGAGAUAGCGAUCAAUUAUACUAGGAAAGCCCGUAUUUCGAAAUCACUCUCCAUGCAGAAAGUUUUUUCACAACAUUGCACCAAGGGAGCUGAAGUAAAAUUCUGCAUUUUAUUAUUUCAUGCAGAGAAUAACGACAUUUUACUGAAAAUAGUGCAUCGAAAAAGGAUUCUUCAUUCGAAUGGAAGCUUGUGUCGAAAAUAUGACGAGGAAGGCUGAAUUUUGAAAGGGAAUUUGGUGACUUCAGCAACUUCGUUGUUCAACGUCGAGGUGAUAGUUUAUCAUUACAACGCAACUCGAGUACUUAAAUUUGACUGUUAAACGUGGAAUCGACGAAGUAAAUUUUGCUAACAAGAAUCUUAAAGCCGAAAUUGCCACAUCCUAAACUCGUUCGUUUGGUCUAUGAUCAAAGACAAGAAGAUCAAAAAAAUUCUCACAAUCCUCAAAUUUUAUUUUUUAUCGCAAUUAAUACAGCGGGAGUGAAAGAAAAUUGAUUUUCGCAGUUUUAUUCAUUACAUGUUUUAUUAUCUCUUAGACUUAUGGCAAACGCACAAUCUUCAGACAACCCCCAUACGGCAGUAAUCAAGGAUUAUGUUGCAUACAAGUUAAGAUGUCACGAUCUCCAUAUUCCAGGAUACAAUCAGGAACCCAGUUCUCUGUCUGAGCCUUGCAAAACUCUGCGGCGAGUUGCCGAAGAACUUGAAUCAAGUAAUAAGGAACUUUUUGAUAAUAUGUGCGCACAGCUGAGCAUAACUCCCAACACGGCCUAUCCGACUUUUCAAGGAAUAGCAGAUGAGAUAUUCGAGUCUGGAAAAAACUGGGGGCGAAUUGUUGCAUUUAUUUGUUUUGGGGCAAAUUUAGCAGUUUAUUGUGCCAGUCGCGACGAAUUAGGCCCCCAGUACGUUGACAAUAUUAUCAAUUGGGUUUCGAGAUAUAUGACAGCAAGACUGGAUAACUGGUUAAUAGCUCACGAGUCAUGGGAUGGAUUUGUUGAAUUCUUCAAGAAAAGAGAUGCGUCGAACGAAGCUUCAAAGCAUGGUCUCGUUUUGUCAACCCUGGCUGGCCUCGGAAUUGGCGCAUUACUUAUGCUAUCUUGCAAAUAACCAUGGCAACUUAUCCCUAGGGGACAACUUGAAUACGCGAUUUAGGGAUGUCUUUGCCCUCUUUAGUAACCUUACACAUUGCCCCAUUAGGCCUGAAGCGACAAAACCAUUCAUAUUGGUUAGUUUUCUUAAAAUUUCAUUAUUUCCUAUACUUAAAUAACCGACUUGAUUAACCGGUCUUGUGAUUGUAUUCCCAUCAAAAAAUUUAGCAAAGGCAUUUCCUUUUUUAAAUGAGAAUAAAUCGAGUAUUCAAGUUGUCUCCUAGGAUAUUUUUUAUUUGUUUUGGUGUUGUCUGCAAAUCAUGGGGAAUAACACUAUAAAGGGGAUUUCCCCUGGGAAUAUGUCCAAUCAUCGAUGAGGUAACCCUUGAAGAUUGGGCGUAGUCUGCUAGGUCAUGAUAUCUUGCACAGGAGAUACCUUUCGCAUGUCGAAGCAAGUAAACUGCAUCGCCAAAAUAUCGUAACUGGUAAUGUCGCUUUUGAGUGAUAUCUCACUAUGCACUGUGUAGCGAGUAUUGCUAGAUCACUUGGUGCCGAAUCAUGGCAUAAUUUUAAUUUGCUGCCAAUAUAUCAUGUGCAAUUCCCACUUACAAAUGUUACCGAAAUCAUUUUAUGCACAAACGAGUAAAUAAUAUAGACUUAUUGAUAGUGGGACCUAUUUUUCUUUACCAGUCCUUCUAGAAGAUGGUCAGAAGAGGUUUUACCAUCGACUAAAUAAAUGCUCAGAAAUGAGUUUUAUUUUAUUUAAUUGCUGUACUCCAAAGCUAUGAAAUGCCCUAUCUGAUUAACCUUUUCAUUGUUAGCCACGAGAAGCUUCAACCGGAGCCUCUUUAAAUUAUGCCUGUAUCGGACAGGAUUGUUUAAAUCUUAAUUUUCUUUCGUAACGCUCAGGUCAGUAUCUUCAGCAUGAUAUUUAAGAACAGUAAUGGAGUUGAAGAGUGUGACGUAACUUUUUGGCUUUUUAAUGGACCAUCGCUUGUAAUGUUCUUCGCCACUUGAUAUGGUAUGAUGCAGUAAUUGUCAUAAUGAUUUAACGUCUAAAAAAUUAGUAGUUUAUAUUCUUUAAGUAUAUUUCGUCGACAAAUAAUCAUAAUGGCAAUACAAUUACAAUUCUUUCCGGUUUCACCACAGUAAUAGAUGUACCAUUAUUUUAUAUCUUCCCAUAUAAAAGAUGUAUUAAUAUCUUCCACAGUAUCAGAUGUACCAGUUCAUUGCGUCACUGACGUUUGAUAUCGUGUUCUUAGAAUUAAGUUCAUGUUUUCACUAUAUCUAUUGUAAAAUGGUUUUUUUAGGCAAGUUUUUUAGGCACGAGAGACUUCUCACAGCGUUGGGUAGACACUCAUGUUGGUUACACGUACUUUCAGUUACAGUUCAAUAUUUCUACUUAGAUGUGUAGUUUCUUACUCAAUCGCACCUUGUAUCGACUAAGUAGAACCAUGCAUACAAUACUUGGGCGGGUGCUUUGGGUCGAGCCCCUUCAAUAAUUACAAAAUGGAUGUGGAGCUUCUUCUCCCCUCUCCACGGUUGUUUGGCAUAAUCGUAACUCGAUAUAUUGAAACAAGUUUGAGCCAUGUAAGGUAUUCUUGGGAUAUUUUGCAUGUACUGCUUUGUCUUUAGCUUCUUUUCUUCCAGGUAUUUUUGUCGAUCUUUUAUUUAAUUGACCCUUUGAUAUUGUUUUGUCGUUUCGACAUAACACUGGGAAUGGUUCAGCUGAGUUGAUUUGAUUCUAAUUUGGGAUUCAGGCUUAAGUAUUUUUUAUGUUAAAGAGCUGUAUGAUACAUUGUUCGGUUCUAACUGCAUUUAAUUUGUAAUGGAAUCUUUAAAAGCAGGCAUUGAAGUUAGCCUUUUAGUCAUUUAAGACUUUACCUUGCAAUUGAAUCAGGAUUUUCGUUUGUUUGUAAACGGCUCAGCACCUGUUGACCAUUGCAGUACCGCAAACAGGGUUGUUCCCCCCAGCCCCUCGGAGAUGGGAAUUUGAAAAGUGUUGUACUAGACUUUUUUGCACUGCUUUUGUAAAAAAGUUAAGCAUGCUUGUUAUAGCUUUUGAUGAGCACGAGAAUAUAGGCAUCCCAUGCAUGGCAAGAAAUUGGCAAUGAUAGAGCGCUUUCUGAGCUCCCCAAACCCAUGCACCUCCUCUGCCCAUGCUACUACUUGGAAGCGUGUGUUCAAUUUAAUUUUACAACAAACCCAACGAUUUUAUAUGCGAUUGGUGCUGGGCGUUAAUCGAAACUUGGUUUGAAGGUCGUGGUAUUUACGUCGUAAUGUUGUAGUAUUUUUUAGUAUGUUAUAACUUUGGCAAGCCCGUAGCUAGGCCUGUGGAGUAGGGGUGGCAGAUCCCCAGACCUGUUGCAAGACCCCCAGACGUUUCAGCAAGUCUUUUUUUAGUUUCACUUAGCAGCGAAAAAUGUUUUGAGCGUCAGGCACCAUCUUAAGAGGCUCCAAUAAACAUAAUAUAUGGGUAAUAUAUGGAUAAUAAGAGAUGCAAAUAAACAAUUCUCUUGCUCCAGGGGUAGCAUUGCCACCCCCCUGCGCCCCUUUGGCUACGGGCCUGAACUUUGGUACAUUUUGCAAUGUUAAGAAGCAUAGCAGGGCUAUAGGCAAGAUUAGAAGAUUGAGGGUGCAGUUGUUUUCAAUCAACUGAAAUCAAAGGUAAUUUUGCAGACAAAUUAAAAUAAUUGUGAUGUAAGUGUAUGGAAAACUAAAGGUUGGCGAUUGUUUGGGUGACAGCUGCCCCUUGGCCCGCUUACCAGUGUGUAUGGGCUGCAUAAUCAGCUGUUUUGUUGAAUAUAUACGUUGCCACCCACUUCAGGCGUUGAAGCAGUUAUGUUAAUGUAUUAACUGUAAAGCUUACGUUAACAGUCACGCAAGUAAUUUAUAAUCAACAUUUUUACACACCCAUGUGCUACCGUUUAGUUGUUGAUUGUUUGAAUUGCGCAAAUCGUAGGUUUUAGUGCAUUUGUUAUUUCGAUAGUUACUGAUAUGAGAAGUCUAAGGGGA